AUGCAAUACUGCUUAUCAGGACCAAUAUUUCCGCAGAUAAGCAAGCAGCCUCGGCGACCGGUUCCCGAGCUCCAAUUCCGGCGGAUGAUGGAUAGCGUAAAAAGCAGUACACCCGAGAUUACCCGCCUUUGUCGUAUAAGUCUCACCCACGCCCCCACGCAUGCCCCUCCCCCACGCGGACUGAGAAAUUGCCCCGCGCUGCCGGGCCCCGCCCCCACGGCCGGAUCUCCGGUUUCCAUUCUUCAACACUUUGGCGCCGUCCAUCACCUUUGCCAACUGGACUUGCAAGGCCUUGGCACUGUUGCUGCUGGGGCAAGCUCCCGCAAUACUGGUGGAGCGCUGCUCCGGGCUAAAGUUAAAUUCCCCGCUUACUGCCAAUGUGAUGACCAACUCAACGAACUCGGAGUUGAUCUUCAGAGUCUUAUCGGCUGUAUAAAGCAAGUAACAUCAGUGUAG